GACAGCCUUUGGGGGAAGAACCUGGGUCCUGCCCGGGAGGCAGAGCGCGCCUGCCAUGGCUGAGCCCCCGGGCGCCUGCCCGGCUGCCCUGCGCUUCGCUGCCGCUGCCAACUGGCUGGUCGUGCGCCGACGCUACGUGGACCAUUUCCCACGAGUGUUAGAGUUUCUGCGGUCCCUGCGCGCUGCUGCUCCUGGCUUGGUUCGCUACCGCCACCACGAGCGCCUAUGUAUGGGCCUAAAGGCCAAGGUGGUGGUGGAGCUGAUCCUCCAGGGCCGGCCUUGGGCACAGGUUCUGAAUGUCUUGCAACAACACUUUCCAGAGUCUGGACCUGUAGUGCGGGACCCCAAAGCUACAAAGCAGGAUAUGAAGAAGAUCUCAGAGGCACAGGAAGCCUUUUGCCAGCAAGUGAAAUUGCUGGCAGAGGCCCCUGUGGAUUUGGCUUGGAAGUUGCAGGAACUUGAACAAGAGUAUGGGGAACCCUUUCUGGCAGCUAUAGAAAAGCUAUUUUUUGAAUACUUGUGUCGGCUGGAAAAAGCACUGCCUAUCCCACAGUCACAGCAGCUUCAGGAUGUGCUGAGUUGGAUGCAGCCUGGAAUUUCAAUCACUUCUUUUGCUUUGAGACAAUAUAGUGCGGACAUGGGGUGGCCACUUCCAGAGUGCUCAGUUACUAAUUCAAUGAACAUGUCAGAGCCCAUGGAGCCCAGUCCUCCUCGGCAACCAAGACCAGCACUCCAUCAGCCUGUGCCAAAAGCCAAGCCUGGCCCACACCUUCCUCACGGAGCAGCCUCAAGAAAGCACCCAGAACCUUUGGCUGGUCGCCACUUCAAUCUGGCCCCUCUAGGCCAGCGAAGAACCCAGGCCCAGUGGGCAUCCAGUAGGGUAGGCCAUAAGGAGCGCCCCACAGCCAUGCUAUUCCCCUUUAGGAAUCUGGGUUCAUCAACCCAGGCCAUAUCUAAACCUGAGAAUAGGAAAGAACAAGGGACACACAUGGCAGUUCCAGCAGGUGAUGCCAGCACGAGAACAGCCUCCACUGGAAAGUCUAAGAGUCCAUCCCAGACCCUGGGCGGAAGGACUGUGAAGGAGAACCCAGUUGACUUGUCUGUCUCAGAGCAAAAGGAGAAUUGCUGGGCCUGCCCCAUGGAGCCCCUGAGACUGUAUACUGAGUCAGGACUGGAUCAGACAGCCUCCUCUCUUGGGACUCUUGAGGCCUCUGUUCACCUAGAGGAGUACUGUGAUUCUAGUUUCCUUCUUGCAGAGUGUCCUCCACCUCUGUGCAGCCCUGUCAUUACCAUAGGGGACUUGGUUUUGGACUCUGAUGAGGAAGAAAAUGGCCAGAGGGGAGGAAUGGAUCCUCCUCUUGGCCCUCACAGUGUCCUUACCGAAAGCCUUGGCCACAUCCCCAGGAGAGCUGCAGCCUCCAUCCUGCAAAGUAAGAAGCAACGUGAAGAAACAGCAUGGCUCAGCAGUGUCCCCACAGUCCACCUCAAAGCUGACAGGAACCUAGGAGUCCUGAUCCACCUCUAUCAGAGCUCCCAUACCCGGUAGAAAACCCAGCUGUUUGGCAGCCUCACACCCUGCUCUGCCCUUGGACCUUACUGAAAUGAUGUGGCCUUUGAGGCCAUGAGCAGCAUCUGCACACUCCAUCACUGCACUAAGCUGUGGAUACCCGACUCCAGUUUUCUUCCGGGUGGUACACACAGAGCCUGAGAAGAACGUGACAAGGAUGAGAGAAGUGCUUUAUAGCUAUGUGCCACUGAAUAGACAGCCAAUGGCCCCCAAUAAGCCAGCUUACCUGGUCCGAUUCCCACUUUGAUGAUGUCGGCACCAGAGAGGAUCAGCUCUUCUACCAUCUCUCCUGUUACCACAUUCCCUGCCUAAGACAAAGCAAUCAAAACAGCAUUCUUAGGGUCAGAAAUGAAGAGGAAGUUGUGUGCUCUCAUAUAUACCAUGCCUGGACCAGGUCCUUCCAACAUUAUUACAAAGAAGGGUACCUGGGUCCCCUCGCCGGGGCCCUCAGAGCUUUUAGACCAUCCACUCCAAAGGAUCCUGCUUCCCCAGUGAGGUAAGGGGGUUAGUUGCCAGUGUCACUGUUGCAUUGGGAUAAAACUGGGGUCCAACUGGACCAAGAUGAAAUUUGAUUUACCCAAAAAUUUCCUGCCCUUAAGCCAUUAAGUGAUAAAACCUCUCUGGCUUAGGGGAAGACAUAAUGAUAUAGGCUAUAUACCAUCUACAUAGCUGUAUUUGCUUUUUUGUUUUGUGUAUUUGCUUCUGAUGAACAGAAAAGAGCUCCUUCAAUGCUGUGAGGAAAAUUAGGUCUUCUAAUCAUUCCCCUAAGCUUGUAAAA